UGUGAAUAUCAAACAAUGACUGGCUGGACAAAACUGACAACUAAUGAAAUAACUUUGUGGGAGUGUGACACCCCGGGGUGGGGGGAGGCUACACAGUCACCCCUCAUUUCAGUCUGCUGGGCCUAUGGCAGGCCGAUCUGCUGGUCGACUUGGACACUGUGGGUACUGUUGGCAGAGUUUCCACCCCUGGGCGUCCCGUAUAUAUUGAGGUCGUCGUGCCAUCACAAACACACUGGCACAGACAGGUACUGUUUCAUCCUUGUCAACCCAUUCGCUAUGGCCACAGACCACCAGAACCCUGCAUCCAAGCAGCAGCAGCCAGGCUCCAGUGCAUUUAAGCUGAUUAUCUAUGAGCAGGAAAACUUCCAGGGACGCUGCCACGAGCUGACUGGUCCCUGUAACAACCUCCAGGAAGCAGGCGUGGAGAAAGUGGGCUCCAUACUGGUGCUGUGUGGACCAUGGGUGGGAUACGAGCAGGCCAACUGUCAGGGGGAGCAGUAUGUGUUUGAGAAGGGGGAGUAUCCUCGCUGGGAUUCCUGGACCAACAGCAGGCGUAGUGACACCAUUGUUGCAUUCCGCCCAAUUAAAGUGGACAGCCAGGAGCACAAGAUUGUCCUUUAUGAAAACCCCGGAUUUGCAGGGAAGAAGAUAGAAAUCAUAGACGAUGAUGUCCCCAGCUUUCAUGCACACGGAUACCAGGAGAAGGUCUCCUCUGUUCGCGUCCAGAGUGGCACUUGGGUGGGCUAUCAGUAUCCAGGAUACAGAGGCUAUCAGUACCUGUUUGAAAAGGGAGAAUAUAAGGACAACAGUGAGUUCGGGGCCCAGUUCCCUCAGAUCCAGUCGGUUCGGCGCAUCAGAGACAUGCAGUGGCAUCAGAGGGGUGCUUUUCACCCCAUCAACUAAGCUUGUGACUCUUUCCUGUCAUGAAUCCUGACCUCGGCAAACUUGCUCCCUUCCAGCAGCAAAAAACCUCCAUGUCCUUCAUUUACACCAUACGGCAUUUUGGUAUCUAUUGCAGCUGUUGCAGUAGUGACAUUCUUUGAAGCAAACUAAUAAAUCCUUGUUGCUUAUGCCUCA